GAGUGUGGAAAGGCUGGAAAAACGCGCUAGUGCACGAUUUCCAGUGGGGACUUUUAAUUAAAAAAAACAAUUUAGUUGCAGUGAUUUAUAUUCUAUCCUUACUGAAAAAAUAUCCCCGCACCAUCUCGCUCUUGUGACGGUUGCACUGAAAGUGGAGCAAAGGGCAUCUCCAGCGUGGAGCCUUCAUUGAUUAGUCUUUGCGACCUCGCAUCCCCACCCCCACCACACCGACGAUUUGCGACCGGGUCGGGUUUAUUUUUGCACAUUGCCGUUACAAUACUAUCCCGAAGAUGUUACAAAACACGGGGAAACUUGCAGGUCGCACACUUUUCAUUACUGGUGCCAGUCGCGGCAUUGGUAAAGCAAUUGCCUUGAAGGCAGCUAAAGAUGGUGCCAAUAUUGUGAUUGCCGCUAAAACUGCAGAGGCACACCCCAAACUACCAGGCACAAUAUACACAGCGGCAGAGGAAAUUGAAGCUGUCGGGGGCAAGGCUUUACCGUGUUUGGUUGAUGUGCGAGAUGAGGAGCAAAUCAGCGAGGCAGUGAAGAAUGCAGUGAAGACCUUUGGAGGCAUAGAUAUUUUGAUAAAUAAUGCAAGUGCCAUAAAUCUGACUGGUACACUGGACACGCCGAUGAAGAAAGUGGACCUCAUGAUGAGUGUCAACAGCAGGGGUACCUACCUAACGUCCAAAUUAUGCAUUCCUCACUUGAAAAAGAGUGCAAAUGGCCACAUCCUGAACUUGAGUCCACCUCUCAACAUGAACCCAGUCUGGUUCAAGAAUCACUGUGCGUACACCAUGGCUAAAUAUGGGAUGUCGAUGUGUGUUCUGGGUAUGGCUGAGGAAUUCAUGGGAGAAAUUGCUGUUAAUGCUUUGUGGCCAAAAACUGCAAUUCAUACAGCAGCGAUGGACAUGCUGGGAGGAUCGGAGGUGAGCAGCCAGUGCAGGAAGCCUGAGAUAAUGGCUGAUGCUGCCUAUGCCAUUUUCUGCAGGCCAAAGUCAUUCACUGGCAACUUUGUCAUCGAUGAAGAAUUCCUUCAAACAGAAGGCAUAAGAGACUUUGAUGUUUAUGCGGUUGAACCAGGCCAUCCACUAUUACCUGAUUUCUUUUUGGAUGAAGAUCCAGUAAGCUUAGCCAAGAAGAUGCAAGACUACGGUGCAACUCCCAAGUUUGAAGCAGGAAAACAGCAGGUUUCAGCAACAGCUCAAGGACCUGUCGCCGAGACGUUCAAGGCUAUUGAUGGAGCACUCACUCCUGAGGUGGUGAAAUCCACAGCAGGGGUUUAUCAGUUUGAAUUGUCUGGUGAUCACCCGGGCACCUGGUACAUUGAUUUAAAGAAUGAAAAUGGCGGCACUGGGCAAGGAAGCUUCCCAGGAAAGGCAGAUGUACAGAUGAACAUGAGCAGCGAGGACUUUGUAAAAAUGUUUGCAGGUAAAAUGAAACCAACUCUGGCCUUCAUGUCAGGCAGGUUGAAGAUAAAAGGAGACAUGACCCUUGCCAUCAAACUGGAAAAGCUGAUGACCCAGCUCAAGUCUAAACUGUAACCGCUGACCAACACAGCUGUCAGUUUCUUCACUUGUCACUGCACAAUGUUGAUUUAUUACUUCCUAAUGACCAGUUAAUUUUAUUUUGCAAAAUGUUGAUGCCAAAACCUUAGCCAGAAAAUUCUAUUUUUGCAGUAAUGUCAUAUUGAAAUUUCUAAAGGAAUUUGUUCUUGGUUACUGGGGAUUUUAAUUAACUAUGUAUAACUCAUCCUUGUAUCUACUCAUCAUAUAGGUUGGCUGAAUGUGUUCAGGGAUUACAUUGAAUGAUUGUAAUUGUUUACAGUGGGGGCAUGCUUUUGUUAAUCUGGUUAAUAUCUUUGAGCUCAUUAAUAUUUUGAUCAUUUGAAGAAGACUUCCAAUGUAAUUAUUUUUAAUAAGCUAAUUUUCUUCCUUCCAUUUUAUGAACAGUUAUGGUUACCAUAAAGAUUGAUAAACAUCAAA